CGUUUCUUUCCGCUUCCUCUCUCUUUCACGCGACCCUCAGAGUAGUACCUUGUCUUUAAAACAGCUGUUAAGCGAAUCCUUGGAAGCACUGCAAAGAUGCCCAGGGAAGACAGGGCCACGUGGAAGUCCAACUAUUUUUUGAAAAUCAUCCAACUCCUGGAUGACUAUCCAAAAUGCUUCAUCGUCGGAGCCGACAAUGUGGGCUCCAAGCAGAUGCAGACCAUCCGCUGUUCUCUUCGUGGCAAAGCUAUGGUGCUGAUGGGUAAAAACACCAUGAUGCGCAAGGCUAUUCGUGGCCACCUGGAGAACAACUCCGCUUUGGAGAAGCUCCUGCCCCACAUUAAAGGAAAUGUGGGUUUUGUCUUCACCAAGGAAGAUCUGGCAGAGGUCAGGGACAUGUUGGUGGCCAACAAGGUGCCAGCUGCUGCCCGCGCUGGAGCCAUUGCCCCCUGUGACGUGACAGUGCCUGCCCAGAAUACUGGUCUGGGUCCUGAGAAGACAUCCUUCUUUCAGGCUCUGGGCAUUACCACUAAGAUUUCCAAGGGAACCAUUGAAAUUUUGAGUGAUGUCAGUCUGAUCAAGACCGGCGACAAGGUGGGUGCCAGCGAGGCCACGCUGCUCAACAUGCUGAACAUCUCGCCCUUCUCCUAUGGACUUAUCAUCCAACAAGUCUAUGACAACGGCAGUGUCUACAGUCCUGAUGUGCUCGACAUCACUGAGGCAUCUCUGCAUGCCAGGUUCCUGGAGGGUGUGAAGAACAUUGCCAGUGUGUCUCUUGAGAUUGGCUAUCCCACGCUCGCCUCUGUGCCCCAUACUGUCAUCAAUGGCUACAAGAGAGUGCUUGCCAUUGCUAUGGAGACAGACUGCUCCUUCCCCUUGGCAGACAAGGUCAAAGCCUUCCUUGCUGACCCAUCUGCCUUUGCUGCGGUGGCAGCGCCAGUUGCAGCUGUGACUGCAGCAGCUCCAGCUGCUGCCGCCAAAGAAGAAGUCAAGGAGGAGUCUGAGGAAUCAGAUGAUGACAUGGGCUUCGGGCUUUUUGACUAAGACCAUGAUUUCAAUAAAAUGUCAAACAUUGA